UUACAAAAAUGGCAACGUAUGAAGAUCCUCCAGAUUCAACUUCAAAAUUAUUUAAUAAUGUUAACAGAAUAGAAUGGGUUCCAAUAUCUUUAACUCUUGUCGAAUAUCCAAAAGAUGAUUUAUUUGGUAAAAUUUUGGCUUUUAUUAGCUUGGCACCGUUAGUUAUCGUCGUUGGAUUUAUUACACUUAUUAUAUUUCGAAGAGAUAUGCAUACGAUAACAUUUUUUAUUGGAUCACUUUUAUGUGAAAUAUUAAACUCUGCCUUGAAACACACCAUACGAGAGCCACGUCCAGUAGCCAGAGAAACUGUUUAUAACGAGUAUGGUAUGCCAUCAUCACAUUCCCAAUUCAUGUGGUUUUUUGCGACUUAUGUCGUAUAUUUUGUUAUUAUUAGAUUACAUCAUAUGAACAAUAACACAAUAAUGGAGAAUAUUUCAAAAAUAAUAAUAAUAUCCAGUUGUGUAAUAUCAGCAUUAGUUGUAUGCUUUAGUCGCAUAUACUUACAAUACCAUACAAUAUCACAAGUAUUGUGUGGUGCAAUUGUUGGUAUCAUAUUUGCAACAAUAUGGUUCACAUUAACAUGUUUAAUAUUUACACCAUUAUAUCCACAAAUAGUAUCGUGGAAAAUAUCUGAGUUUUUAUUAUUACGUGACACAACAUUAAUACCAAAUGUUUUAUGGUUUGAAUAUACGAAUACACGUCAAGAGGUACGAGCACGUAGUCGAAAGCUAGUAAGUAUGAAGUCACAAUGACAACUAAUUAUUGCUGAAUUAUGGAGUUUAAUUGAGCCAAAAGCAUUAUUUACUGGCCUUUGUUCAAUUAUGUAUUGGCCAA